AGCAGCUGGACACGGGAUUUUAUAGUCAUGAAAUAACAAUUUAAAAGAAGAUUAUUACAAAUAAAAACACGCAAGAUGGACUAGUCAUUGAAGAAAGAUACGAUGGGAAAGGCAUUUGUUCUACUGUGGAUAAGCCUGAUGGUUGUGACAGCCAAAGGAUCUGGUAAUUCAAGUGACUCUAGUGAUGAAGAAACUGGCCACAGCAUGGUAGACGAUAUGAUUGAUAAGCUCGACAUUAUGGCAAAUGAUCAGACAAAUAACUUCGACAGAACCCUUGAACAACUCUUCAGCAGAGGAAUCGGCAGAAUUGUUAACUCCACAAGCGCACUUGGGUUGCAGGCAGGAUUCUCGAAGCCUGUGAGACGAUCAAAAGGCAAAGACAAGAUUAGAAGUGGGUUGAAGACUGAACUGUCGCUCAGAGAAUUACGCAGAUUAAUUCGCAGAAAUGAAUUAACAUCGCGUACAUCGAUCAGAAAUGCAAUUAAAAAACUUCAGUCCAGGAACGAAGAGACGUGCCCUUAUAAAAAUGUGGAUUGUACUGACCACAGAAACUUCAAAAUAGAUGUGAUGAGAUACAGGACACCUGACGGACAAUGCAAUAAUUUGAAAAACAGUAGCUUUGGACGAGCCGAAUUUCCCUUCAUAAGAUACCUGCCCGCUGACUAUGGAGAUGGACUCAGUACAGGGAGACUGGCCAACGAUGGUGGUCAACUACCGAACCCACGUCUGAUAAGUCGAGAGAUUCAUACUGACUUUAAUAGUGUCAGUGGCAGAAUUACACACAUGGUUAUGCAGUGGGGCCAGUUUCUUGACCACGACAUUACAAGGACACCAAUGUCAUCGGGUUUCGAGGGGACUAGUAUUGACUGCUGUGCAGCGGUUGGUGAAUUUCCAAAUGGUAUUUGUGAUAUGGUAAUCAAUGUCCCUGCUAAUGACACGUCAUUCACAAACCAGUCAUGCAUCAACUUUGUUCGAUCAGCUCCAACUACUGAUGCGGCGUGCACUUUGGGAGCAAGGCAGCAGCUCAAUGAAAUAACUUCGUUCAUUGAUGGUUCAAAUGUGUAUGGAUCAACUUAUGAAGAGCAGGUCAAAUUGAGGGAAAUGGCCAAUGGUGUAAUGAAGCAGACAGAUUCUAAACAAGAUGGAAGUGUUGGAAUAUUACUACCACAAGAUGACGAUGAUGAGACAUGUGCAACAGAUGAUGUAAACAAACGGCCUUGCUUUGCUGCAGGAGACAAUCGAGCAAAUGAGCAGGCGGGUCUCGCUAGUAUGCACACGAUUUGGUUAAGAGAACACAACAGGAUUGUAACCUCGCUUCGAGCAAUGCAUAGUGCCUGGCCAGAUGAAAUCAUAUUUCAGGAAUCCAGGAAAAUAGUAGGUGCUCUUCUACAACACAUAACUUACAAUGAGUGGCUUCCGAUUGUAUUGGGGCCGACAGUUAUGGUCCAGAAUGGUCUCACUCCAUUAACAUCCGGGUAUUUCAGAGGAUAUGACGAAGCAACUGAUCCAACCAUUGCUAACGUGUUUGCCACAGCAACGUUCCGGUUUGGACAUUCAUUAAUUGAUGAUCACCUAGUACGAUUAGCUGAUAUAGCAAAUACCUCAGCAUCUAACUUCACAAACUUACAACUUAAAGACACUUUCUUCAACCCUAACUCAGUCUAUGAUUUUGACAAUGGCGGAUGCGAAAGCAUUCUCAAAGGGCUUGCUAGUCAGGGAGCACAAACCAUGGAUAGGUUCAUCAAGGGUCAAUUAACCAAUGAGUUGUUCACAGAUGGUCACAUGAGUCUUGAUCUUGCAGCUCUCAAUAUACAAAGAGGAAGAGAUCAUGGUUUACCAGGAUACAAUCAUUGGAGAGCUUAUUGUAACCUUCCUCGGGCUACCGCUAUAGAUGAGCUGGUUGAAAUACCCUCUGAAAUCAGAACUAAACUACAAAGUAUUUAUGCACACGUAGAUGAUAUAGAUAUUUUCACUGGUGGAUUGGCAGAGACUCGUUUACCGGAUGCAUUGGUUGGCCCAACAUUUGCCUGCAUUUUAGCCAAACAGUUCCAUGCACUUAAAGUAGGCGAUAGGUUCUGGUACGAAAAUGAUCUCAAUGACAGUAAAUAUACCAAAUUUACAACAGAUCAACUGACAGAAAUCAGAAAAGUUACACUCUCCGGAAUCCUUUGCCAGAACAUGGUUGCUAGUGGAAUGCCUCAAAAUUCAUUCUUGCAGUUAUCAACUACGAACGCUUUCAUGGACUGCGACAACAUUCCAACUAUGGACCUGUCCAAGUGGACAGAAGAUCUGCAAGGAGUGAGCAAUUUACAAAACAUUAAACCCGGACGAGGGGGAGGUCGGAGAAUUCGACUAAGGGGAUAAUACUAAGAUAUUAGAACACUUCAUUAACCUGCUGAAUGUAAACUCAGGAAACUGACAAUAAAAAGCAAGUGGAAUCGACUAAAUGUCAUCUACUUUAAAUAAGAAUUGACAAAUAACCUCAUCUACCUUUCCAUCCAUACAUUUUCCUAAACCGAAAUAGAGUUAACACACAUUGGCAGCCACAACCCACCACCACUGGCCAUAAGUUAGACGCAUACGUGUACUACAUAUGCUAUCAAUAUGUAUAGUUAUUAUUGAAUUCUUAUUUUUGUCACUAAAACAACUUCAUACACUUGUUAAAGUGUCAGUCGAUGUAUAAUUUAUGUAUCAUAGUUUGACAAUAAAGUAUGUAACUAACUAAAACAAAAAAC